GCUAUCCAAGGACCACACUUUAAAGGGAGGGCUUCGAGGAAAAUCCGGUCGAAAAUGCAUUUUUACUAGUUGUUAUCGUUCGGACUCAUGCUGUAAAGUUGACUGUAUAUUCGGCUCGAAGUCAUACACGGACAAUGCGAUCUCUGAGCUCAAUAUAAAACAUGACAUAACGGUAAAUAACCGUUGAACUAUACAUACAAGAUUUUGGCGCUCUCUAGUGGCCAACCGAAAUCGCCAAAUAAACAAACAGCAGCGAUGGCUCAAGCGAAGGACACGCACAAAUGGACACCACAGGAGACCAGACGGCUCAUUAAUUUCAGGGCGACCAGGGACAAUGAGUUCCUAAAAUCGAAAAUGAUCGCCAGAAAACAGUGGGAGCUUUUUCUGGAAGAAAUGGGGGUGGAGGGGAAAGUGACCAGGCAACAGGCUUCUAAGAGGUGGGAGAACCUUAAAAAGAAGUACAAGGCCUGCUCUAUCACAGAACGCGCCUUGGAUUGGCGGUAAUUAAAGCGCUGCUGCACCCGCCCAAUCACCGGCUCUUUAUAGGGAGUCAACAGACAUACGGGCGUCUGGAGGCAGGGGUACCCACCAUCACCUAAGAGCAUGAACCCGGCGGUGGAUACCUGGCAGUCAAAUAAAAAGAACUGUUUUUCAUUACCCUUGUCCUUUAUGUUUCUUGGACGGAAUGUAACUGAUAAUUUCGUUGCUCUGUAACAUGUGCAAUGACAACAAAUAAAAUCCUAUCCUAUCCUA